UUAGGAUUUUUGCGAAAUAAAUUUCUGAAAAAAAAAAAAAAAAAAGGUGAGAAACCCAUUUGCUCUUCAUCUCCUUCCUCGCUCCUCCCACCUCCGGAGUUCUGAUUACCUCCUCCUCCGCUUCAAACCCUAACUACUCACCUCCUACAAAACCACCAUAUCACCACCACUAUUUUUCGGCGCCUUCCAUUGUGGGUUUCAAUCUGCCACAUUCCAGCCACCUCUCGUUCUCUGCCGCCGCUGUUCUCGUUGUUGACGACACUGAAAAUAAGGUAAUGGAAUCAUCAUCUGUAAUUAGCCCGGAUGAUGUUUUGGAGUCUUUGAUGAAUGACGGUACCAUUGAUGCUUUGAGGUUGAAGAUUAUCAAUCAGCUUAAAGCUAAUGAGGAGUUGAAGAAAACAACAAUUACAAUGGUGGAACAGAGCAAGGUUCUCAACACUUCUGGAGCAGAAAAGCAGACCAAAAGGGAGCUCUUUGAUUCUCUUCGCCAAGAGCUUGAAGUGCCUGUGCUGGAGAAGGCCUCUAAAUCAGUGUGGGACUUAAUCUUGGAUGAAAAUGCGUUAGGGAAGGAAAUAAGUGAAACGGUUGAAAGAGUGUUUUGCCGAUUAAGUGGGCGUGAACCUCCUUUAUUUCCUGGUUCAACCCAAGAGGAGAAAGAGCAGGAUGAGAAUCCGUCUUCUGCUUCGAAGAAAAGAAGUUUCAAUGAUAUGAAUGGAGGAGUGGAGAAAGUAGACACGGGAUCUGAUGAUGUCCCACCUGCAUCUGAAGAUAAAAACCCUGUUACUGACACAAAGACUUAAACACUAGUUGGAGUCCCGGUUUAUAUAAUUUAGAUCAAUGCUUCACAUUGAGCAGUGUUAAAAAAUGUGUUAGGCUUGUAACAUAUUCUUUGUUCUGGUGGUAUACUGUCUUGAACUGAAGAAGGCUGUUCCUUCCCCGGCGUUUCAAUGUUCGACAAAGGCGGGGUUGAGUGGUGAUCAGCAUUGCACAAUAUCAACAAUCUGAUAGCAACAUUUGUAACUUGGUUUUCUUAUCAAUUGUAAUGGUGCAUUAUAUGUGGAGGAUAGUAUAUGUAUGACAACUUAUACAAAAGUACAUAACCUUGAGUAAGAUUAUUAGUAGUUCAAACUGCAAAA